CAUCGUGACUACCUGAAAAAGAAAGAAGCAAAAGUCAAGAAGAGUAAAAAGGAAAAAUCACAACCGUGAAUAAAUUCUGCAAGCCCCCUCCUCAAAAGUAAAAAGGGAUAAUAAUGUAACAAGUUUCCCGGAGGGGGCCAGGUCCUAGAGCCUAGAGCGGAGAAAUUGCCCAAAAACCGGGACCACCUUCUCCAGAGUUGGCAGACCAAACGCGAUGAUUUUGCUGCAGCCGUCGACGGCAGUUUCAACAGACAUCGUCAACGUCAACGCUGCCAAAGCCACCACCGCAGCAGGUGGCUGCCAAACGGAACCGGAGGGAUCGUCAUUAUUGCCGCCUGCGAAACGUGGGCCUGCCUUAAGCAACCAGUAGGGCUUGCGUGCGUAAUAUUCACUAGUGGUGCAAGUGCGGUGUUGUACCAUUUUGGGCGGCGAGGUGCGCGCAGAAAACAACAGUCGUCCCGUGUUCAGCAGCGGAUAUGGCCGACCUCUCCGUGGCGACGUCCAGCGGCAGCAGUGGCAAACGUUCUCGACUGAAUCUAGAAUCGAAAUGCUCGUCGUUGCGCAAGCACCUCAGCAAGUCCGCGUCCGAGCUCAGCUGUAACGACUGCGGCGGUUCCGGCGACUCGCCGCAGUCCUCGCCCCAGCGGGCCCGCAGCGCGGUCAACCCGAGCAUCCCGGGCGUCAUCCAGCGGACGCACGGCUUCUUCAACACGCUAAGGAAUCGUUGGUCCCGCGGCCGCAGUAAAGAACGCCUCCGCGGUUCCUGCGGACAGGAGCUGGAACGGCACGACAGCCAGAGCGACUACGCGGCGGACAACAGCUCGGAGCACAGCAGUUCGGCCACCCCGCAGACCCAGUCGCCGCGGCAUCGGGCCCAAACGUUGAGCGAUUCCCCGCUGGCGGCCCGUCCCGUCGUGAUCGAACGGAAUGCCUCAAUGAGUUCGGAGGGGACCGGCCUCAAACUGACCACGACCAAGGCGGACGUCGAGCUGGUGGCGGGCGUGAUUGCCGGAACCAGCGGGAGUGGGCUGGUGGCGAAACUUGUUGGCAACGAUGUUCCGGGCACGAGCGGGCUCGGGGUUAUUCCGGGUGGAAUUGGGGAGGAUCCACAGCGGAGGAGGGAGGCCGUCCUGAGGCAGCACUCCUUCUUUCAACUGCGGAUACAUCUGGUUAGUGGGCACAAUCUAGUCGCGAUGGACAAGAGUGGAACGAGCGAUCCGUACGUCAAGUUUAAGGUUGGAGGUCGGUUGCUGUACAAAUCGAAAACGGUCCACAAGGAGCUGAAUCCGGUGUGGGACGAAACGUUCAUCGUGCCCAUCGAGGAUCCCUUUCAACCGAUAAACAUCAAGGUAUUCGACUACGACUGGGGCCUUCAGGACGACUUUAUGGGCUCGGCCAAGCUGCAGCUGCAGUCGCUCGAACUGAACCGGGUCGAGGAGAUGACCAUCAGGCUGGAGGAUGCGCAGCGGGCGAACAAGGACCUCGGGGAAAUCCGGCUGAACGUGACGCUGUGGCCAAAGACGCAGGAAGAUAAGGAGCAGUACUUUCAGCGCAACCCCAAACUGGCGGACGCGUCACGCCGGCUAAAAUCCCAGAUCUGGAGCUCGGUCGUCACGAUAGUGCUGGUCGAGGCCAAGGGACUCCCGCCGGACGCCGAGAAUGGCCUCAACGAUAUUUACGUUAGGUUUAGGUUAGGAAACGAAAAAUACAAAAGUAAAAACUCGUACCGGGCGAGGUGGCUGGAGCAGUUCGAUUUGCACCUGUUCGACGACGACCAAAUACUGGAGCUGGUAAUUUGCGGCAAGUACAACACGUUCGGCAAGUGCACGAUAGAUCUGAGAAGUCUUCCACGGGAACGAACGCACGGGAUUUGGCAGCCGCUGGAGGAGUGCACCGGCGAGGUGCAUCUCAUGCUGACCAUCAGUGGGACGACGGCGUCCGAAACCAUUACCGAUCUGACCUCGUACAAGGAAAAUCCCAUCGAAAAGGCCACGCUGCUGAAGCGAUACGCGUGGCACCACUCGCUGCAGACGCUGCGGGACGUGGGCCACCUCACGGUCAAGGUGUUUGGGGCGAACGGUCUGGCGGCGGCAGAUAUCGGAGGCAAGUCAGACCCAUUCGUAGUGCUAGAGCUAAUCAACGCUAGAUUGCAAACCCAAACCGAGUAUAAAACGUUAACACCCAAUUGGAACAAAAUCUUCACUUUUAAUGUUAAGGACAUGACGUCGGUGCUGGAAAUCACCGUAUUCGAUGAGGACCGGGACCACAAGGUGGAGUUUCUGGGCCGGGUCGUGAUCCCGCUGCUGCGGAUACGGAACGGCGAGAAGCGCUGGUACUCGCUCAAGGACAAGAAGAUGUACAGCCGGGCGAAGGGGACGCAACCGCAGAUUCUCCUGGAGAUGACGGUGGUGUGGAACAAGGUGCGGGCGGCGCUCCGGGCCCUGGAACCGAAGGAGGAAAAGCUGGUCCUGCAGGAGGUCAAGUUCAAGCGGCAGCUUUUCCUGCGGAACGUUACGAGACUGAAAGCGAUUAUCGUGUACUUUAUAGACGUAGGACAAUUUGUUCAGAGUUGCUUCGAGUGGGAAUCGCCGGUGCGGUCGUUUAUCGCGCUGGUUUUGUGGAUCUGCGGCUGCAUUUGGUUCGACAUUUCGACGAUUCCGGCGGCGGCGCUUCUGUACUUGCUGAAAAACUGGCUGAUACGAUGGCUAACGGGUUCAGCCUCACCGUCCACGGCGGACGAAUACGAUGUAGCUAGCGAUGAUGAAGACGACGAUGAUAAGGAGAAGGAAGAGAAAAAGACGAUAAAGGAAAGACUGCAAGCCAUCCAGGAAGUUUCGCAAAGUGUGCAAAAUACGAUCGGCUACCUGGCGUCGCUAGGGGAAAGCGUGAAAAACACCUUUAACUUUUCCGUCCCCGAGCUGAGCUGGUUGACGGCGACGCUGCUGCUGGCCGCCGCCCUGGUGCUGCACUACAUCCCGAUCCGGAUGCUGCUGCUGCUGUGGGGCCUGAUCAAGUUCAGCCGGCGGCUCAUCCGGCCGCACAGUGUGCCCAACAACGAAGUGCUCGACCUGCUGUCGCGGGUGCCGGACGAUGAGGAAAUUAUCAUGUGGCGCGAGUUGCCACUUCACUCGACGCCCGAGCUGGCCCGGAGGGACCCACGCAAGAAACACAAAACCUCGUAAUGCCACCAAACCACCCUGAAGCGGUACUUUAGGGAACAUCUUAGGAAGGCUCUAAAUAUCAAAAAGGAAACCUAGAACAAAAAACUCACAACGCAUUAGGGCUUUAACUUCUUAACCUUAAACACACACUAUCUCUCUAUCUCUCUCUAGCUAACUCUAGUGUUCAUCGACGAAUCAGUAGAUUUUUUGAUAGAUAAACAAACAAACAAUUUUUCCCCCGAAAUACUUCCAUUCUUCAUAUAGCUUUUGAGCGGAGAAGUAAAAGUACUAAAAACGCACUAAACUGCAUGAGGACGAAAGCGCUUUUACCAUUUAUCGGGUCUAGUCUAGUUCAAGUUUUUUGAGUUACCUCUAUUAUUGUCACGUUUAGAAAAGGAAACAUUUAAACAAUCUCAAUCCAUUUAAGCGAUUUAUUCCAAGAAACCUUAAAACAAUCCAGUCUCUCCAAACUUUUACAAGAAAACAACCAAAACCAAUCCCAACCAACUCUAUAGAAGAUAUUUAGUCUAUAUUGUUACUGUAAAAAAAGAUAAUUAGUGAAAACAAAUAAAUGGUUUGUUAACUAAAAACGAAAAAAAAGAAAGAAAAUUAAGGUGAUUUGUCAAUUUCUCACUUUACUCUUUUACCAGUUUUUUCAUUGUUGUCGUUUGAAAGUUUUUAUAUUUAAAACAACAUAGUUAGUUAGUUAGCAACUCUUAGCCACACAUCACAUUAGCACCCUAUUUAGAAAACGCAUCUAAUCGAGCAACAACAACAACAAAAAUCGAAUCAAUGCUAGUGAUACAUAGAGAGGCCAUACGCUGAAAAAAUUAAACGCAGAACUGCUUGUUCAAUCAUUCUCAAUUCCCCAACACCCCCGCGCUUGUCACAAGCGGGAACCAAGUCACGUCACGUCACGCGUUCCCCCGGAAUCCGUCCAACUCAUAACUACCAUGAGCGCAAAAAAUGCAACUUCAUUGUCGAACGAAUCAGAAUCGCGAAAAAAAGCUGUGUUGUAAAUAUUAAUACUAGCGAAAUUGAGAGAAAAAAAACAAGAAGAAGAAACGACGAAUCAUUCAUUUACAAAUCGAGUAACUUGCAGUAUUGUCUUACUUAACAAUCAUCAUCAGAAAUAAACAACAAAGCUUCUAUUUUUUAUAAAUAUUAUCGUUGCACGUCAAAACCAUACUUGUGAUUGUCAGUCAUUCCACUUUGAUUCACUUUUGAUUCGAGUGUUGCAAGUUUACGUACAAUUUAUCGAUUAAGACACCAAUUAUGAAACCAAACAACGGUCAAAUUCAUGAAAAAACUACCAACCGAUUGACUGAUUUUCUAAUAAGUUAGAAUCCCAACCCCCAAACCCGAAAUUUCCUCUGCCACCGAAACGUUAACCCUCGCGCACUUUUUGUAAAAAAUAAAAAAAUAAUUAGAUAGCGUCAAUUGUGUACAAAAAAAACAUAAAUAACUUUAAAAAUGCUCUAUUUCUGUCGCAAAUUUUUGCGUUUUGUUUGUUGUGGGAAUGUUUUAUAAAGUUUAAAGCUUUUUUCCUCCAGAGAGGGAAGCACCUUUGUUACUGUAAUCGAUAAGUGCACCCCUUCACUAGAAGUGAAUACCUGCUAAUGGAAUGAAAUGUUUAAAAAUAAGUUUUUUUAAAUGCUGGAGAAGAUGUGUGACCGGUUCAAUUGCUUUGAAAUGAAAAUAAAAUCUUGAAAAUAUUCGCAUUGCGAACGAUAAAAACUUGUCGAAUAAUAAUUUAAAAUAUUUUUGCUGAAGAAUUCGUUAGCCCAAAUCGUAAUUUGUAUUGCAAAAAAUAGUUUUUUUUUGCAACUCCAUUGAAAAACUACUUACUUUUCCUGUCAUUAUCGAAUAAACAAACGGCUUACUUUUCUCACCAAAAAUAACAGAAUCGAAAAGUAAUACUUUUGAGCACUUAAAUGCUAUCAAGUUGGAAUUUUUACUACUUGUAUCUUGAGAAGAAAUCUACUGAUCGAUUUGUUGUCAUUGAAAAGUUGUAGUUGUAGUUAUCGAAAAAUCAUUUCAGAAAAAAAAUGUUACACUCUAAAAAAUUACUCUACGAAACACGAAUUUAUAAAUUUUAGAUUAUUAUUUUUGAUAUUUUUAAGGUGACCAUAAAGGUUUCUUGUGAGCCACAAAGAAGUAUUGGCAAAAUGUUGCCGCCGAGGAAUGCAUUAAAAAAAUAUUGAAAAAAUCAAAUUUCAAAAAACUAGAUUUAUCUUGCCAUACAUUUUUGUUCGAAAAUCGAAUUUGCAAUCGAUAUGUUCUUGACAAAUAUUUGAUGAUCGAUUUAAAAUCAUUUGUUUUUUACUUUUCAAAAGUAGUGCAUAUGAGUGCAUACUUCUUCAAAAAAAAAUUUUCUAACUAAGAAAAUCAUCUAUAAAAUUGUCUAACAAACAACUCAGCCUCUCAAUAAAAAAAAUUAAAGUUUUCUAAGUGCCGCCCAAACAGCACUCAAUUUCCAAAUGCCGAAAAUGAUUGUCUUAAUUUUGAAAUUUGCAAAUAUUUUUUUAAGAAAUAAAAAAAAACAAAAAUGAUGCAAAUUUUAAUCAAUCAGAAAAUUUAAUAAUUAUUGUCAUGAAAUUUGCUGAUUUCGUGGAGAAUCGCACAUGUUCAAGAUUUUUUUUUUCGAUUCAUUUGUCUGUUAUUGUCUUAUGAUUUUUUAACAACUAAUAAUUCUAACAAAUAUGAUCAUCUAGAUGUUUGAGCUUGUUAUUUCAUGCCGAUAAUCCUUUAAAUAACCGGUUAUAACCAAUUCAAUAAUUCAUUUUUGUUUAAAUAAUUUCAACCAACAACUCUCAUGCUGAUGAAUGCUGCUGCAUAAUGUAAAUUAUAAAAAUACGUCAUUAACAAAGCAACUGUUUUUUGUCAACUUUAAAUGAAAUAGUUAAAUUUUAUGUAAAUAGAAAAAGCGUGUAUUUUUAUGUCAGUGUUUUUUUUUUUUUUUUUUUUUUUUUGAACGAAUGCAAUUUUCAAAUUACGAAAUAGAAAAAUAUUUAAAUAACCUACGCCCUUCUAAAUUGUGAUUCUCGAGUGCAACUGGCUCCAUAUACACACAAAUUACAUAAAUAAGCAAUUUUCUAAAAAUUUUCGUUGAAAUCGGAGAGGGUCGAGCGAAAAAAUACCUGAACAAUUCCUGAUUUGGGCUGAAAUUGCUCAUUGGUGAUUUUAACCCUUUUAAAAUGUUAAUAACCAGUAACCCAAAUAAUUGGUUCUCCUCCAGAAUUUUUUGAGAAAUUCUAGAGAAUUAAUGAGCCUAGAAAUAACCUCUUUUGCUUUGCAUACUGAAGAUUUUCGACAAUUGUGCAAAUUAAUUUUCAAAACUUAUACUUUUAAAUUAACUAUAUUUUCCCGCCUAUUUAAUUUCAAAAAUAUAUUCUAAAUAAAUGAAAAUCCAUUCAAAAUUUGAAUUUUGCGACACUCGUGUUGCAAAUUAGGAAAAUUAACCAAAUUUUGUUGUUCAAAUUAUAGAACUAAUACACUUUGAAUUAACAAAUAUUUAAACUUUAGUAACGAAGUUAAUUAAAUUUUCAGAAAAUACAUAUAACUUUCAUGUUCGUUACAUUUGUUUAUUAAGUGUACUAAUUUUUAUUGCCGUUUCUACCGGAACAUUCACCAAAUUUAACAUUCAAAUCUAAAUAAAUAAGAUAUUUUGAAACCUUUUCAAUAACACUUACAGUUUCUAGUUUAGAACGUAUCUAGAGUUUUUUUAUUAGGUCCUACACAUAAAAGACAAUAGCUUAUAGGACCUUUUAAAAAAAACUCUAGAUAUUUUAUCGGCACGGUCGCAAAUUGUCAAAGGAAUCCGAAGAUGUAGUCCAUUUUGAAAUGCAACGUCAUUUUUGAUGAUUAAAUAAAAAAUCGUUAUUUCUGUUGAACUUAUUAAGAAAAGUUUCAAAAUAUAUGAGCUGAUCUCACAUCUUCAACCAGCACUUUCAAAGUUUCAUUCCAUUUAAACAAUGCACAGCAUUAGAUAGGACAGCAUAUAAAAAAAAUCAAAGAAAUCCACUUACAUCAAAUCCAUUGACCAACAAUUCAGUCACUCUCUUUCACAAUUCUAGUUUGUUUAUCACUCGAAACUGGCCCCAUAUCAUCAAAAUGGGUCACCUUCAAACUUUUGCAAACUUGAACGACUUUCGUUUUGUUUUAAGCCAAAACUAGAAGAAGAAAAAAAACUGAUACUUAAUAUCGCCAGCAUAAUAAAAAAAGCAUAACAUUCAGCUUCCAUCAAUCAAUCAUAAAUAAAAGCACAUAAACUUUGCUUGACCAUGGCUUCAAUAGACUCGUUUAUAGGCAGCACGGCAAAAAGAGGUAAUGAAUCAUAAACAAAACAAUCCAUUGAACCCGAAAUUUGCUGCACCCUGAGGCAGUGAAAGUGACACUCCCCUUUGCUCUGGUUGAUCAUGAAAUGAAAGAUUCACACCAUCUACCUAAAAUCA